GCAUCAGUGAUGAGACUCGUGGAUCCGCUGCCCUGACCAGGAAUCCACUGUGACCUCCCGGCUCAUAGGUCAAAGCUCACUGAGCCAGCAGCUGGGCCGGAACCCUUCCUUACUGAGCCUGCCUCCCCGAUUGCCCCUCUGCCCCCAGGCCAGCUCCUCCCCUAGCUCUCUGCAGGGACGGGGAGGGGUCUGCACGUGGAUAAGGGGCUCCCUCCCACUCUCCUGCCCCUCUGGGCUGUUCCUUGGGCAUGAGAGGGUAACAGGCCGUCCGUGUCCCCGUGGCCUGGGUGGCGGUGCCUCCCUGGAGGUGGAGGGGGCGCGGCUGGAAGCCCCGAGGUUUCUCCUGCCGUGCUCGGACCUUCUGGUGUGAGACGUUGUUUCUGGGUACCACCUGAAGGCCAUCUCUGAAGCAGGCCCCUGCCUCAGGAGCCAGGUCCCCGUUUUCAGCUAACACCCUGCGCACCCCUGGUGUCAGGCGUGAGGCGCCGUCCAUCCGGAAUGGCUUCCUGGCAGGCCACACAGCGCGCACCUCUGGGAGCCGCAGCCAGCUCCCCCGGCCCCUCUGCUCGGCCUGGGGCCGAGAGGAGGAGCGGCCUCCGUCCCACAGAGGAGGCCACGGCCUUAGCAGCGCAGAGACCUGUGGGGCCGUGUGACGAGAGUCCCAGGAGCUGCCACGUCCGUGCCAGGAGCGGAAGACGGGGGAGCCCUGAUGCCAGAGGCUGCUGGGCCUGCAGGGAGGCCGGAGGCGCCAGGAGGACCAGCAGACUGGCAGGCCGAGACGGGGGAGGGGAGGCCCCCAGCACCGGGGCCCGGCCCCUCCACCCGCCCGGGCCUGCCUCCGGGACGCGACCAGCCGCCCUCCACAUGGCCGCCAGGCAGGCCGCCGGGAGGAGCCCCGGGGGGAAGCGCAAGCGGGUGGUGCUGACCCUGAGGGAGAAGAUGGACGUGUGCGCGCGGCUGGAGAAGGGCGAGAGCCGGAAGGCGCUGAUGCAGGAGUACAACGUGGGCAUGUCCACGCUCUACGACAUCCGGGCCCACAAGGCGCGGCUGCUGCGCUUCCUGGCCGGCUCGGCCUGCGGCCUCGCGCUGGAGCGGCGGCGCACGCUGCACACGCCCCGGCUGGAGCGCCUGGACCGGGCGCUGCACGCCUGGUUUGUGGGCCGGCGCGCCGCGGGCCUGCCCGUGUCCGGCCCCACGCUCAUCGCCAAGGCCAAGGACCUGUACGCGCAGAUGCGGCUCACCGAGCCCUGUGUGUUCUCCGGCGGCUGGCUGUGGCGCUUUAAGGCCCGGCACGGCAUCCAGAGGCUGGACGCGGCCGGGGAGAGGCAGGCGGCCGAGCGCCACGCGGCCGAGCGGUUCUGCGGGUUCUUCCGGGGCCUGGCGGCCGAGCACGGCCUCACUCCGGAGCAGGUGUACAGCGGGCCGGAACCCGCGGCCGAGGGCGAGCCGGCGCCGGGCGGCAGGCAGGGCCGGGACAGGCUGACCGUCCUCGUGUGCGCCAACGCCGCGGGCUCCCACAGGAUCAAGCCCCUGGUGGUCGGGAAGUGUGGCGGCGCCCGGGCCCCCGGGGGCACCCAGCACCUGCCGGCGGCCUGCCGGGCGUCGGGGACCGCGUGGGCGGGCCGGGCCGUGCUGGCCGGCUGGUUCCACCACACCUUCGCCCCCGCGGUGCGGGAGCGCUUCCGCGCCCUGGGGCUGCCCGCGGACAGCAAGGCCGUGCUGCUGCUGGACGGCUCCCAGGCCCACCCGCCGGCGUCGGAGCUGGUGGCCGGGAGCAUCUUCACCGUCUUCCUGCCGGCCGGCGCCGCCGCCCUCCUCCAGCCCAUGGACCAGGGCACCCGGCGCGGCUUCCUGGAGAGCUUCGCCAGCCCCCCGGGGGCGCCGCCCGGCUGCCCGGCGCGCGGCGUGGCCUGCGCCUGGGACGCCGUGCCCGCCGCCUCUUCAGCCGCGCCGGCCGAGGGCUCCUCUUGCGCGGAGGAGCCCGAGCGCCCGGGAGCCAGGCCUCACGACCAGACCUUCGCGCACGUCCCGGAGCUCGGGGCCGGGUCCGGGCGCGGCUGAGCGGCCGGCUGCAGGGCAGCGCGGCCCCGGGGCUGGCGGCCGGGGCUGGGCGUCCGGCCAAGCGCCCCCCGGAGCAGACGGAGGAGGACAGGGGCCCCGGGGCUGCCGGGCGGGGCGAGGAGGCGUCCCGGGAGCGGGCGGCCGCGGCCUUCGACACGGUGCUGCGCUUCGCCGCCGCCCGGCCCUGCUUCUCGGCGCGGAGCUGGGGCAGCUGCGGGCGCUGCGCUCCGAGCUCGCCGGGCGGUGGCGCCCGCCCCUCAGGGCCGUGGCCAAGCCCGAGGGCCCCCGGGAGCGCUCGGGGGGGGCCGCGCCCCCGCGGCCUGCGCGCCCUGCACCGCGGGCGAGAGCUGACCGGGCCCCUGGCCGCGUGGUGCCGCGGCGGGAGCUGUCCCCGGGAGCUGUCCCAUUCUGUUACCUGCCUUCCGUCCCGUCAAGCGAACGGGAGGAGCCAGGGCCUGGGCGGGUCUGCCUGGUGCUGGGGGCUGAGCCUUGCUCUGACCUCGCGCAGAGGUCUGACCCGCAGAGUGUGGAGAGCAUGGGCCCCUGGAGCGGGGAGCGGGCGCUCAGGCCACCAUGGCCGGGCUGCUGUCCCGGCCGCAGGCUGGUCCAGGCCCCGCCGCUCGGGUGCCGCUGGCCUGGGCCUGGUGGCUGUGCGUGUCACACGGGCCGAGGCGGGUCGCCAGCAGGGCCUCCUGUGGCCGGUGGACAGCUGUUCGCGGUCCCACGGGAGCCUGGUGUCCUGCGGCACCCGCGUCUUUCCUGAGGGGACCUCCGGGCUCCCAGCACCCGUCCCGCCCAGACUCGGUCCCCGAGACGUGGGCCACAUGCUGUGCCAUUCCGAGCGCCUUCCGUGCUGGGUCCGCCCCCACCUGCCCACCCAAGGGGGGCCGGCCUCACUGCACUGCUCAGCCCUCUGCCCCCGGGGCCCCCCCUCCUCUCCUCCCUGCGCACAGAUGGCCUGUCCCUUGGGGGCCACCGCCCCCACAGAGCCCGCCCACCGGGGUCUGGCCGCUGAGGGCGCUGGCCAGCGUGGAGAGCUGCGGCCAGCGCAGAGGACGGACGUUCGGAGAGCCCCAGGCGGGCACAGCGGCGGCGGCGGCUCCCAUGGCCUGCGGGCCCGCGGCUGCCGCCUGCUCCUCAGAACCGGCCUCUGUCCUCCGUUACCUGAGGGCGGGCACAGGCCCUGCCCGGGGCUGGGGCGGCUGGCGGGCCGCGUGUGUUCACGUGGGGUGUGUUACCCCAAUAGACGGACGGAGGGCGGUGAUGGGACCUGCAGAGCCUCGAGGCCACCCGAGCUGGGGGCCGGGGGCUGUGCCCACGUCGUCCCCUCCCCUUCCCCUCCCCUUCGGCAGCCCGGACAGACCCCGCUGCCCACUGCCUGGGAAUCCAGGGAGGGGGCGGGCGGGCAGGGAGGGGUGGGCAGGCUGAGCCCACUGAGUGCCAGGCAUGGCCAGGUCCCCUUGCCCAGCCUGUGGGGUGGGAUCAGGCCCUUCGGAGAGCCUCUGUCCAGUCUGUCCUGUCCCUCUCACCACAUGGAUCAGGGUCCCCCCCCUCAGAGGCCUCACUGGCCACUCGAGACCAGCCGCUCCCUGACCGGCGAGCCCAGCCGCCUGCUGGUGGCGGGCUCAGUCUGCUAGGGGCCCCUGGGGGCCCCAGGACCCCGAGGCCUGCAGGCAUCAGCCUCUCUCGCUCUGGAUGAGGGUCGGCCCUGGUCCCCGGGGACUCUGACGCUUACGGAGAGGGCGGUGCGGGCGGUGCGGGCGGUGCUCUCCCAGCAGCUGCCUCACCUGGCUGCAGGGGUGUGUGUGUGGGGGGGACACGGGAGGUGGGGGCCCUCCUCUCUCUGUGUCCCCGGAGCCCCCGCCGCCGCACGGGGCCGCCCUGGGCUGGGCGGGGCGUCAGGCCGCGGUGGGCCGGAUGACGUGGGCCUGACGUGCCUGCUUCCCAGACAAAGGCCCCUCCGCCUGAGUCAGCGCCGGCGGGCGAGCUGCAC